CUCAACCUCUAUUUACCUCGCGCCUAUCUGAUCCGCGCUUUCUCACCGUUUGAUCAUUUCGAUCACAAAACUAAUACAGGUCUGUUGUCCGCAACAGGUUGAUAAGCGUUUUCGAAUUCCUGCGAUGCAUUGAAUUAAUCACUGUGUCACCUCUCGCCGAAAGUUCAGCUCAGCCAUUUCUUGUGGAUAAAGCUACUUUCCCGAAGCUUUCGUUUGGGUUUUCUGCAAUUUGCUUCCUCGGUUAUCAGAGUCACAGAUUAGAUUGCUGUUGUAUUUGACUGGAACAGAGGAAAUUAAAUGGCGGAAGUUUUAGGCAAGACCAGUCUGAUCUCAUCUUGGAAUAGCCAUAGGCACCAUCAUUGUCACAGAACCUCUGUAGCUCCGAAGAAUUUAAACUGCAAAUCUGGGGUUUCUUGUUCUUUGAGGAGGUCCCCUUCUCUGAAACUAAAUUCUCAGGUUCUCAGAUCCUCAUCUUCACCGACGCAGAGUCAAUUUUAUGGCAGAAAGAUUGUCUUUCAGGUCAUGAAAAGCAUACCUUACAGAGGGAUUUCCCUAUUUCGAGCUUCAACCGCAACUCAGAUGGGUCGCGUAUUCGGGAAAGCUCAAAAAUGGUGGGAAAAGGGACUUCAACCCAACAUGAGAGAGGUGACUUCGGCACAAGACCUUGUGGACUCCCUAUUAAACGCAGGGGACAAGCUGGUCAUUGUUGAUUUCUACUCUCCUGGUUGUGGUGGUUGCAAAGCCCUCCAUCCAAAGAUAUGUCAAUUUGCAGAGAUGAACCCUGAUGUGCUAUUCCUUCAGGUGAAUAAUGAGGAGCACAGAGCUAUGAGUUAUAGCCUUGGCGUCCACGUUCUUCCCUUCUUCCGCUUCUACAGAGGCGCUCAAGGUCGUUUAUGCAGCUUUAGCUGUACCAAUGCGACGAUCAAGAAGUUCAAGGAAGCAGUAGCCAAACACACCCCAGAUAGAUGCAGCUUAGGCCCGGCCAAAGGGUUGGAGGAGAAAGAGCUCUUAGCUUUGGCCGCCAACAAAGAUCUUAACUUUACCUACACACCCAAACCAAUUCAACCUGUUCAUGAACCUGCUGCUCAAGAGUUCCCGGUGGAGGCCUCAAAACUUAUGCAUGUCCCCUACACUGGAGGAGUUGGGAGGUGAUGAUGCACAACCUCUGCAUGCCCCUGCACAAGAAGGGUUGGCUGCUGAGGCCGAGGCCGAUAUGGUGCCGACUUCUUCCCAUGUCUCCGAAAAGAUAACCCUAACCACUGCUGGGAGAUGAUGUGGCCGUUUUGUGAGCCCAUCUCCUAGGUCCUAACCAUAUCCCUUGUACAGUUUUUUGUUUUUGUUUUUGUUUUUUUUAAUGGCAGAGCCAUCUUCAUUUAGCAUCGGAUGUGAGAAUGAAUAUUUAAGGUUGGAGUCAAAUAGUUUAGGCUUUGGUCCAUUAGUCUGUAUUCCCCAGAUUGCUUCAGGCCAUUGGAUUUACUUUUUUUGGGAUCCAACCCUGCUGUACUCUAAGAAUUCAGAAGCGGUCAGCUGUAUCAUUCCUUGUUGGUCUUUUUGUGUCAUGGCGGAAUCCCUCCCAGUCCCUGAUGCUGUAAAAAUGCAUAUCUAUUAUUCAAUGGAAUAUUUAGUUUCUGUUGGUUCUA